GCCCUAUACUGGACAUUGAAGCUCUGUUAAUAUAUUAAAUGGUAAACUCGUUUCUGCGCGGCAGCACGCGAAGUGAAUUAUGAGCAGCUCUGAGUUGCAGGAUGUUUAUGCCAGCCCUGAAAUACCAAGGGGUGCAAUAAAAUCGGAACAAAAUGGUGCUGCUUUACAAGACGUACAUCAAUUUGUGUGUAUGUGCUAGAAUGAAUUACCCGUCUUUUUUUAGUAGUUACACCAGAUGUCAAGAACUCAACUCUCAAUACCUCAGAUUGCGUAAAUAUUAAUGAUGAUUCACAAUUUAUGUUCAGUCCUAUUUAUUCACUGACGCACGAUGAAUACGUGAUAAAUCAUAGUGAUUUUGUUGCGUCUGAUCGAUGCGAAUUCUCCUAUAACAGUCAGCAUCUAUCACAAGUUUUUCCAGACUAUGAAAAGACUUAUCGUGAUUCAGGAGAUAAAUCUUGUACAAUACACGAAGCUCAACAGAAAAAUGAAUUGGAAAACAAAGAUCAAGUAAAACAAUUUCGACAAAAAGUAGAAAGCGCAAAAGAGAAUGAUUAUAUCGAAAAACCAUAUUUCUCUUAUAUGCAGAAACAAGCGACUCCAGAUCUUUUGCUAAGAACAAAGAACUUUAUCAUGAAUCACCAUAGCUGUAUUGAUGUUCCUCCAGCGCACUGGAUAUCAGCGCCAGUGGCUUUAAACGUCAAUCAUAAUCUGAACCAAAGUUAUUCUUCUAUGGGAGAUGAUUUGUUUUCCAUGGUCAACCAAACGGACAGUUUAGACUCAAGCAGUUCGGUGCCACCUAUCCCAAAGUGCUGCAUACAACCGGUCGAUUAUACUCACCCAAUCAUCACUUAUGCAAGGAGGAUUGAAGAGCCAAAUGAAAUACCGAAUUCCGGGGAUGCUAUCAAGGAUACAGCACAUGAAGUGUCUGAGUGGAUUAACAAGAUGAUGGAUGAAUGAUGAUAAUUAGUGCAAUUGUUAAAAAAGCAGAAACAUAAUAUAUAUUUGUAUUUUGUGUUAAAUACUGUUUCGUUUCUUUUGGCAAAAUAAAUUUAAUAUCACCGCCUCACUAA